ACUUUUUUAAGUGGGCCAGUUUAUUUUAUGUUUUCAUUGGUCCAGAUGAACACGUUAUCAGUUUUUGAUUUGCUGACGCUUUUGACAGGUGAAUUUCACCGCCUGCAGAAUGACAAUUCAGGUCAAGCAAGACGGGUUUAUGCAGUAGUAGGUGACAAUUUACUGUGUAUUCUGAGCUGCAGCACUAGCUAUGGCGAUUGAGAUUUUACUUCUGUUGGUGCUAUCGGCGUUUUCUGUCUGUUUUCUAUUCGUACACAGAAAACACCCUCAGAGUCCUCCUUGUAUUAGAGGCUGGUUCCCUUGGUUUGGAGCAGCAUUCCAGUUGGGUAAAGCCCCAUUGGAUUUUGUGGCGCAAGCCAGAACAAAGUAUGGGCCAGUGUUCACUAUUGCCGCUGCUGGGAAGCGACUUACUUUUGUAACUCUGCAUGAAGAUUUUAAUACGUUUUUCAUGUCGAAAGAUGUGGAUUUUCAGAUGGCCGUUCAAGACCCUGUCCAGCGCACAGCCUCUAUAAGUAAAGAGAACUUCUUCAAGAAUCACCCAGCGUGCCAUGCUGUGAUUAAGGGGAGGUUAACUCGGUCCAACCUGCACCAGGUUUCCAGUGACCUGUGUGCUGAGUUUAAUGAACACCUGGAGCUGCUGACAAACGAGGGGGCUCAAGACCUUUCUGACCUUGUCAGGCAUGUCAUGUACCCUGCAGUAAUGAGCAACCUGUUGGGUAAGUGCAACUCUCCAGCAAGCAAGGCGGCAGUGCAAGAGUUUACAAAACAGUUCCAGACGUACGAUGAAGGUUUCGAAUAUGGGUCACAAUUGCCGGAGUUCUUUUUAUGGAAGUGGGCCAAAGCAAAGCAAUGGCUUCUCUCCCUCAUGAAAAACAUGGUUCUCAAAGCUGAGAGCAACAUCUCUCCUGAUACAAACCCCAAGACAUUGCUGCAGCAUUUCCUAACCACAAUAACUGACAGUUACAGGCCUAAUUAUGCCCUACUGAUGAUGUGGGCUUCACUAGCCAAUGCCAUUCCUAUUACUUUCUGGACACUUGGUUUUAUUAUCUCCCAACCAUCCGUAUACAGGACAGUUAUGGAGGAGAUAGCAUCUUCCUUUGGAGAUAAAGACAAAACUAAGAGUGUUUUAUCAGACAGUGAGCUGCAGCAGCUUCCUUACAUACAGUGGUGUGUCCUGGAAUCAAUCCGCCUUCGUUCACCAGGAACUAUAACCAGGAAGGUGGUCCAGCCCCUGAAAAUCCAAAAUUACAUCAUCCCGCCAGGAGACAUGCUGAUGUUAUCACCAUUUUGGGCUCACAGAGAUCCCAGAUAUUUUCCAGAACCUGAAAAAUUCAUGCCUGAACGCUGGAAGAAGGCCGAUUUAGAAAAGAAUUUAUUUUUGGAAGGCUUUGUGGCCUUUGGAGGUGGUCGAUACCAAUGUCCAGGAAGGUGGUAUGCACUAAUGGAGAUCCAAAUGUUCAUUGGUUUGAUUCUGUAUAAAUAUGAACUCACUUUGGUGGAUUCACUGCCAAAACCGAGCUCUCGCCAUUUAGUGGGAACCCAGCAGCCGGACGGACCAUGCAGGGUACGGUACAAACACAGAUAGAGUUCCAGUUUCAGCAAAGGGGCCUGUGCCUUGGAUAUAAAGGGACCUCUUUCAACAUAACCUCCCUGUACGUUGGAAUUGGAGAUACCAGCUUAUGUGGACCUUUUACAAAAGAACAUUAGGUGUUCAUUUUAAUUUUAAUAACCUACAAGUAACACAUUAAUAGAGUUCUAACUGCUGUAAUAGAAUCUGUAUAUUGCUUCAGAGUAAUUAUCUGUAAAAUACAAUAAAACCUGCAUUGAUGGCUCCCUGAAUUUACCAGUCACCUUAUCAGCCAGUAAACUUCACAACAGAUUGUGUGUCUGCUUUUUUUUCUCAAUUAAUGAGGAUGUACAUUCUAAACAGCUGCCUUAAGGUGCUGCAAUUAUGUAGACUGUGCAUGACAAGCUUUUUUUUCACAAUGGAAUCUCCUGUAAAACAGAAUUACUGGGUCUGUAAUACUGGACGGUGUUCUUAUUUUCCAUUAGAUAAACCACUCAGACGGGUACUUUGUUUUUAAUCUUUCUUGCUGUCACCUAUUUCUGGACUUGUGCGCUUCACGUAUCGCGUCUCGGGGAGCUGAUAAGAUGCUAGUGUUUCUUCUUUGUUCAGCUGAAAUGAAGUCGGCCUCUGAUUUCAUGCUGUGGGAACUGAAGAGAUAAAUCUCACAUGAGGCUUGUUUCCUAGACAUGCACACAUCAGCUGCUUUUUCUCCCAGCACAGGUUCUGCAUUUUAUUCCCUUUCUGGAUCCUCAAGCAAGUCAUGCUGUUAGUGCAGCAUAAUAUUUCAUUAAUUAGUUACUCACCAGCUAAUAAUAAUAAAAAAAAACGAGAACCUUUGGGAAAUAACUUGAUUUAUUUGUCAUCUACCCCGUAACUCCUGUAAGUCACCUUGGAUAAAGGUGUCUGCCAAAUAAAUAUAUAAAUCCUAAUGUAUAUUGUCUUAGUGUCUGAGCAGAUUAAAAAAAGAAAGAAAAAGACUAUUUUAAUUACUAAGGAUUUAUAUUAUUCAAACCUUAAAACCAUUUAAAAUAGUUGUAUCUUAACUAAUUGUCUGUUGAGUGAAAUGUAAAGUAAGUUCUAAUAUAUACAGUAAUCCAUUGACCUUGGCAGUACACACGUCAGUAUACAGUGCUUCACCUAUGGGCUUCAGUUGAUAACACUCACUUAAGCUUUUUCAGAAGCAAUUUAUAAACAUGGCAAUUAAAGAACUAAGCAGAUAACAAUGCAGAAUCAUACAUAACUGACAUAACAGAAUAUUAAACAGGUGAAGGCAUUAUUAGGGAAAUGUAGAUGAUAUAAACAAAUCCUUUUGAAGAUAUCUUUUUUUAAUUAUGUAUCCUGCUAAACUGUUAUUUUCAGAAGUAAAGCAGUUUUACGAAUCUUAACAAUUUAAGUUAAUGCGUUGCCUUGGAAAUGUUUCUAAUUAAAUUUAUAAUGUGAUUUAAGUUUUUUCAAAUUGUUUUAGAUAAGACUUAAUUUGUAAAUGUGCCAGUUACAUGGAUUUUGUUUUAUAUCUGUGUGAUAUGGCUGUGACGUUCUGUCAGCCACUGAU